AUGUUUAACGUUGCUGAAGAAACUGUUGCUGAGGAAGUGGGCAUUUGCAAAGGAAAUAUAGUUGAUAUUGAUACUGAUGAUGAAAUAAACGAAGCAGAGGAGUAUGAAGCUUGGAAGGCAAGAGAGACCUACAACACUGCUAGUGAGUAUUUUAUGGUUGAGCGCUUAAUUGUUGAUGAUUUAUUGCACUGGGCAGUUGAUUAUAAGGUUGAUGAGUUCCGGUUUGAUCUUAUGGGUCAUAUAAUGAGAAGAACAAUGCAUAAGGAAAAUAAAAUUACAGCUUUGAUAGUAUAUGUUGAUGAUAUGAUCGUAAAAGGUGAUGAUCCUGAUGAAAGAAAAGCAUUGCAAGAGUACUUAUCUAAGGAGUUUGAGAUGAAAGAUCUUGGUACACUUAAGUAUUUUCUCGGGAUAGAAGUAUCUAGAUCACAGCAAGGUAUCGUCUUUUCUCAACGAAAAUAUGUUAUGGAUUUAUUAACUGAAACAGGGAUGCUAGGGUGUAAACCAGUUAAUACGCUUAUGGAGGAAAAUCACAAGCUUGGUGAGUGUACUGAUCAUAAACCAACUAACAAGGAGCAAUACCAGCGCCAAGUUGGGAGGUUAAUUUAUUUGUCACAUACGAGACCGGAUAUUGCAUAUGCUGUGAGUGUUGUAAGCCAGUUUAUGCACUCUCCAAGUGAAGUUCAUAGAGAUGCUGUGAAUCGCAUCUUGAGAUAUUUGAAAUCAACUCAUGGUAAAGGGUUAAUGUAUUCAAAGCAAGGACAUCUGGAUGUAAUUGGGUAUACAGAUGCGGAUUGGGCUGGGUCCCAAAUAGGCAGACGAUCCACUGCAGGUUACUUUACUUUUGUAGGAGGUAACCUUGUUACUUGGCGUAGUAAGAAACAAAAUGUUGUUGCAAGAUCAAGUGCUGAGCAAGUUGGACCUUGGUCACAUUUAUGCUCCAACUUGAGGGGGAGUGUUGGCGUGUGCGUGAGUUCAGGAAAGUGA